UCGUCCCGACGCUCGCAGCUCUGCCCGCCAACGCUUCAGCUCGCGUCGUGGGCGGCCCAGUUCUUUGUCUCGCGCGCGCGCAUCGUCGCCAACCCGCGCACCAAGUACGCGCGCGUCAAGGAGCUCCUCGAGGCGCCACUGGGGCACUGGCUCGAGGGAGAGGGGGCGAGCUUCGACUGGGGCGGCGACAUGGGCCCGUCGAACCCGUUCUUUGGGCACGCGCUCGAGCGGUCGUGGCCCGUCAUCUUCAACUGCACGGACCCGGGCGUGGCGGACCGGUGCGGUGACGACGUUUACGACAAGGACGCGUGCCAGUGCCGGGAU